ACGCUCGAGAACAUGCCACAGCUUAACGGAGGUGGAGGGGAUGAGUUGGGGGCCAACGAUGAAUUGAUCUCAUUCAAAGAUGAGGGCGAACAAGAGGAGAAAAUCUCCGAAAACGUGUCUGCCGAAAGAGAUCUGGACGACGUGAAGUCUUCUCUAGUGAACGAGUCGGAAAAUAACAGCAGUUCAUCCGAUUCUGAGCAAACCGAGAGGCGCCCUCAACCAAGAGCUGAUCUUGAAAGUUAUGAGAAAGCCCGAGAGUAUUUCACUGAAGCUUUGAGAAGACAGCAAGAUGGAGGGUUUUUUAAGAGCCCCCAUUAUCCAGGCUACCCGUUUCUAAUGAUCCCAGAUCUGACCAAUCCUUACUUGUCCAGCGGCGCCUUGUCUCCAAGCGCAAGAACGUAUCUUCAGAUGAAAUGGCCUCUUCUGGACGUUCCAGGCACGGCAGUACUCAGAGACUCACGAUCACCUACUCCAGGACAAUUAUCUAAUAAGGUCCCGGUGGUCCAGCAUGCUCACAUGCACCCCCUGACCCCCCUCAUCACCUACAGCAAUGAACACUUUUCUCCAGGAACUCCUCCAGCCCACCUCUCGCCGGAGAUCCUGGACCCAAAGACAGGUAUUCCUCGGACCCCUCACCCCUCAGAGCUGUCCCCCUACUACCCCCUGUCCCCUGGGGCCAUGGGGCAGAUCCCUCACCCAUUAGGGUGGCUCGUCCCACAGCAGGGUCAACCCAUGUAUCCCAUCACCGCGGGGGGUUUCCGUCACCCUUACCCAGCUCUUGCCAUGAACGCAUCCAUGUCCAGUUUGGUGUCCAGUCACUUUUCUCCUCAUAUCGUUCCUCAUCAUCAUCACGGCCUUCAUCAGACAGGCAUCCCUCACCCAGCCAUCGUCUCGGCGGCUAUUAAACAAGAGCCCAAUGGAGAACUCAGCCCAGCAGCUAAUACAAAGUCUCCAGUCUCGACUAAGAAGGAGGAGGACAAAAAACCUCACAUAAAGAAGCCCCUAAACGCCUUCAUGCUCUAUAUGAAAGAGAUGAGGGCCAAAGUGGUGGCCGAAUGCACGCUGAAAGAAAGCGCCGCCAUCAACCAGAUUCUCGGCCGCAGGUGGCAUUCUCUAUCACGAGAGGAACAGGCCAAAUACUACGAGCUGGCCAGGAAAGAGAGGCAGCUGCACUCUCAACUCUACCCUGGCUGGUCCGCGCGAGAUAACUAUGGCAAGCGGAAGAAGAGGAAGAGAGAUAAUAAGACAGACUCAACACCAGAGGAUUUCUCGGCACGGAAUAAGAAGCCGUGUGUGCAGUACCUCCCUCAGGAGAAGAUGAUUGACAGCCCGGCCUCCUCUCACGGCAGCAUGCUGGACUCUCCAGCCACGCCCUCCGCAGCCCUGGCCUCGCCCGCCGCUCCCGCCCCCACUCACUCUGAGCAAGCCCAGCCACUGUCACUCACCACCAAACCCGACCGCCACCAUCACUUCCCUCUGCUCUCCAAACCCUCCUCCUCAUCAUCAUCAUCAUCCUCUUCAGCAUCCUCCUCCUCCUACCAGCCAACCAGCGCCUCAGGCAGACAGUCAACUCCGCCUCUUCUGUCUCGGCCACUCCCCUUGGCUUCCCUGCAUGCCUCGCUCCUGUCUCCGCCCUCGCCGUUCCAUCAGGCCGCUCUUCACUCCCAUCAUGCUUUGUUCCAGUCCCAGCCACUCUCUUUGGUAACCAAAUCAGCUGACUGACUCUUCAAAAGCAAUUCUCUCUUA